GUUAAACCAGAGGCUUGAAAGAGAUACAUGCUCCAGAAACACAGAGCAGCGAGGCAAAGCAGCUCUUUCUCCUCUAUUUCUCUUUCCUUUCCUCCCUCCCUCUGUCCCUCUUUCUCUCUCUCUCCAUACUUCCCUUGACACAGUAAAAUGGAGACCCUCCGCACGGCCAUCAUGGUUACCGGAGUUCCCAAGAAAGAUCACUGUGGCACCGAGACCAACUACGUAGAUCUCGGGAGCAGCAACACCGUGAAAGUCACAUUUACUGGCGAGGGAAACCAGAGGGCCAUCUUCAAGCGUAAAAGCAACCUCCUCCAGGAACACGAAGAAGGUCGCACGGAUCCAAUGAAGGCCGGAAAGGACAUCUUGGAUAUGGAUUUAAAAAUUGAAAGUUUUCUGAAGGAAAAGUCAGAGAGCGAGGUGAAGUGUGGCAAGCCAGAAGAACCUGAUUACACGGACAUGUAUCUGAACAGCAGGUGCGAGUCCGAGUCUGAGUCAGAAGACUGUGAUCCCGAUGAGAGUGACCACGACAUGCCUGUGGUUGAGGAGACAGAGUCGCACUACAUAACGACGCACGAGAUUCAGCUCACCGAACUGGACCACGACAUGGACCAUGAGCUCGGGCGAGCUGCAAGCUCAUGCUGGGAUUACGAAGACGACAAUCUUGUGUACUCGUUCGUGGACUAUGCGUCAUUCAAAAGUGGUGAGCAGACUACGGGGGAGAAGGGUCAGCGCCGAGCGACUGGCAGCCGUCCACCCAAACUGGCUGCUACCAAAGCGCUGAUCAGCACAGAGAGCGAAUGCGCGAGUUCUGACGAUGGCGUAAGAAAUAAUGCGGGACGCAUCCACGUCUCCAUAAAAGCCUCGUCGCAAAGGGUGAGCGAGCCGGUUCGCACGUCCCUGCAUGACAAUGAUCUUUUACAAUGUUAUAAUGAAACGCAAGCAAGCAAAAUAGAUAGUCAUGCGCACUGUUUCAUUCCUGCGCCUGGACGGCAGCACCUUGCGAGUAAAUUGAUGAAAGGCAAAGAUGUCACUGAGUACUCGAGCGGCGCAUCGAGUUCCGUGAGUGAGCUUGACGAUGCCGAUAAAGAGGUCCGGAAUCUAACAGCGAAGUCUUUCCGUAGCCUUGCGUGCCCCUACUUCGACACCAUAGACCUCAGACCCUCGAGUGAGUCCUCUGUUUCAGAGCACAGUCUAAGCAUGAACAAGUGCUCCUCUUUCGUAGAAUUCAAAUGCCAGAAUUGCGUGUUGCACGGAGGUGAGUGCAAAAAUUCCACGUGCUCCAUGGAAAUGAAGGCGAGAACAGAAAGUGGAAAUGGUAAUGUGAACACCUUGAGUGAAGGGAAAACCCAGCAGAUGUACACCAUGUCAUCAAAAUAUAAACAGAGCUGCGACACUGAGAGGCGCACAAAAUGCAUACAGAGCGUAUCAAACAUUGAUCAUUUGGCUGUCGGAGUGGAGGGAGAACACAAGAAUGCCGUGUUCGCUUCGAGCCUCCUGCAAGACCUCAUUUUGAAAAAGAUGCGAUUCGAUCAAGAGCACAAACUGGAGCGUGGUGAAGUAAAUGCAAACUCGCCACCUAAAGACAGCACAAGCUGCAAGGUUUUACGAAGUCAAACAUCGGAAUCAGGGUCUGUUCACUCUGUUGUCUCGGUAGAAGAUGUGGGCAGCUCAAAUACCCCUUUUAACGAAGUACAGGAUGAAGAAAGUAAGGAGAUACAUGAUACAUUGUGGACACCUACAGCAGAAAACUUUGAUGAGCCUCCAAAGGCUGAUCGACUGCUAGGGGAUCUGGGAAUUUGUGAAUCCAAAGUGAACACUGAAGGUGACGUCUCGGCCACAAGAGUGCCAGGAGAGGGGGCGAAAGAAAAUAAGACAAACAGUGAAACAAUAAAAACGUCACGCUUGCAUGUCCCGGGGUCACAUUUUAUUUCUAAAGAAAGGGAAGUAGCUGAGCCACCCAUGCUAAUAAAACAAACAAAAGAUCCUGUCCAAUCAGAUGAAAAGAAAACAUGUACCAUGGCCCACUCAAAUAACGGCAAAGCACCAGAGAUCACAAUCUGCCUGCGCAGCAUCAAGGAAAACAAAAACACUCUCGAACGACCUUUCAACAUCGCCAGCCUCCUGACGCCUAAACUCAGCAAACACAGCGCUAACACCAAGAGCGAGAAAGUCCCGCACUUCACCGUCAGAGACAUCCGGGACACCAGGUGCAAACUCCAAACGCCCAUCCAUCAGGUACGCGAUGUACGCAAACUGGUCAAGAGCUCGUACCGUUUAGUGUCUCUAGAAAGCGGCAAGAACAAAACAGCAUCGUGCGAAGAAACCGACGGUGUCAAAAAGGAACCGGACAAAAAUGACAAGAAAGAAAAGAUACCCAUGGUGAUCAAAUGCCAUUCGGUGAACACCAAUUCAAACACCCACAUGAAUGCAAACCGUUGGAGCCACCCGGAAAGCAAGAGAUCGUCGUUGCAGCCGAUCUCUGAGCAGCAGGAGGUUCAAAUGAAGACGACCAGUUGGAAAGAAAGCAGGGUUGAGAGCAAAAUGGUGAACCAGGCGGCAUUGGAGAAACUUAAGGCGGCUGUAAAGACCAUGGAACAGCUUUACGUUUUUGACCGAAAUGAGUGGCGGCGCAAAACGGAGGCACCACGGCCGGUGACGGACAGCCACGUCCUCUCACUAAUCACUAGCGAGGAGCAAGGCGUUGACAACGAGAGGCUAGUGAAAGCAGAAUCUUCAAAACUUUCACAUCCUUGUGCAGACACAAGCUUUAGUAGAACCCUCACUCAUCAUCUGCAACAAGACGUUCCCAAGAUACAGUGUCCCAAUGUCCGUACCAAUAUUUCCUGCUCCAUGAGAAGCCCCUUUUCCGUCCAAAUCUGUCCCUCCAAAAGCACAGUGGAGAAAAGAAGCAGCGUCGAGGGUGAAAUCGGAGACACCUGCCUCAAAUCGAAUCCAGACCCAGAACCUAAACCUCAGCCUCCAGCUAUAUUGGAUUCAGAAAAUUAUCUAACCAUCCCAAUUAAGUCACGCCCCUUAGAGACAAAACCGGAACAAAGUGUACCCCCCACCCCUCAACCCCGCCCACCCCUUCAGCGCUCACCGGUCAUCAUGGAGUCAUGGUCUCCCGACAGUCCGGUGCUGACUUUUUGUCAACCUGCGCAAAUUCUUUGCGUCACGCCCCCUGUGGACCUGCUCACGUCGAAUACACAACGCAAGCUCCUGCUCGAUCCGGUAACAGGGCAGUGCUACCUAGUGGACACGCCCAUCGCCCUUCAGCCCGUCACGCAAAGACUGUACUGCCCUGACAGCGCUCAGUACCUGGAUGUCCCAGUAGCACUGAGCUCCACGUCGUAUCUCAUCUGUCCAUCGUUUGCACCACCGCAAUCAAACCCGGCGUGCUCACAAGGCGAGGGCACUGGGACGAAUGCUGCAGUGGGCGAAGCUAAACCCAUUAUCAGUAUUUCAUCACAGCAAGGACCACGCGUGGUGGCGCCGCCUUCUUUCGACGGCACAACCAUGAGCUUCGUCAUGGAGCACAGAUGAGAGCACAUGUCUGGUGUGUGUGUGUGUGUGUGUGUGUGUGUGUGUGUGUGUGUGUGUGUGUGUGUGUGUGAGUGUGUGUGAGUUCAGGAUGGAACCCUGAUUCUUACAUCGGAACAUCACACCGAAACUAUGUCACUUCCUGUGGCAUUUCAGCUUCCUGUCUGCACUGUGCUUUCGAACUGAUUCGUUUUCUUGCGUGUGUGUGUGUGUGUGUGUGUGUGUGUGUGUGUGUGUGUGCAUGCGUGCGCGUGUGUGUUCUUUGUUGGAGAGUUUCACAGCCUUCAUUCUGUAAAGACAUUUGAAGAAGUGCAUUAUGGGUAAAGGACUGCAUCUCUGCUGGAUGUUUUGUACCUCUCUGGGAAUUGCGGCUGUGUUCCAAUUCUGUAUUUAAUGUCCUCUUGUUGACUUCCCCUUAAUUAUGUGCCCUCGUCUUUCGUUCUUUUACUCAAUCAUCUGUUUAUUAUUAUUAUUAUUAUUAUUAUUAUUAUUAUUAUUAUUAUUAUUAUUGCUAUUAUAACCCCAAACUUUAAAAUUUACAUCUUUCCAUGACACCUUCCAGGACCUGCCAGCUACUUAGUUAACUGCUAAUCUGCUAAUCUGUGAUGCUAAUGCAGCAAUAUUAGCGUUGCGCCAAUUGUAACAUGAGCUCAUAUUUUACAUUUCAUUUCAUGUCCUCGUGAGCGCGGAUGUUCGACUGUAACUACAUCUGACUUCAUUACUAGCUAGUUAACAAGCUAGGUAAUAGUUAGCAAAAAGUGUCAGAAGAAGCGAUCUUCGUUCAGUCAUGUGAACAAAAGAAGGUGGAGCUUAGGCUUCAUUUUAAGCUUUAAAAGGUUAGCUCCUGGCACAAAAAAAAUGUUCCUUAUAUUAAGCAUUACGCUAGUUUAGCAGUAUUAAUGAAUCCUGCUAGCUACUAAAAUACAGCUAGUCACUACAAUAACAUUAGCUUGAAUUAUUACCUGGUAUAAGUUACACUUCCUGGACUCUUGCUUUACAAAACGUUUGAAGACACGAAAGAUUGCGAUCGCUGGUGCCAAAGUCGUACGAUGAAUGUAGUUGCUAAAAAAAUCGGGGAAAGUGAAAACAUGUUUAGAGCACAACCUUCUGCAGACUCAGACAUGUUUAACACUAAUGUUAACACUUUCUUUAGCGACACCAUGUCAUUUCCACUGUUAGCGUGAUUUCGUGUGUGUGUUAGCCAUGUGUUAGCUUCCUGUUUAUGCUUCAGUUCCUGUGAAUGUAUAUUAAAGGUAUGUGGAUCUGCAGGACAGUCUGUUUACCUGCUCUGUAAAAAAAAUAUGUCAGGUUUCAAGAAAAAAAGAAACAAAGAAAGAGUCUACACUGUCAUGUUUUUUUCUUUUUAGUCAUCAGAAUUUCAUUUCAGCCACGCUAACCCUGCGUUUCUGCACUGUGUGCUUCCGAUGAACUCAAACACUUAAGCCAAUAAUUUUAUGCAUAAUGUAACAGCUAAUAGCUAAAUUUUACGAGAAAUGUUAGCUAGCUCAUUGCAGAAGAUAAAGGGGAUAAAGCUAGCCUAGUGCGAUUAGCUAGCGGUAAAAUGUUUAAACAAUGACCUGUUUGUAGCUAGCUUCAUUAUUGCUAAAAACUAUUUUAAGGACGAUGGCUAGUUACCCGCCAUUUUUAGUUGUUUUGCUAAUACAUUAUUAGUGCUAGGUUCAGAGUUGUUCAUCUUUGUCCAAAUCUUUGUCUGUUACAGCAGAUUUAAACCUGUUCAUGUGUCAUUCAUAUGAGCUUAAUAACCUAUCAGAAUACUAAUCACUGAGGCGCUAUCAAGCUCUUAUGCAGGGUUUAUGAACUGUUUACUAUACUGUAUAUGUAUAUAUUGUGUGUGUGUGUGUGUGUGUGUGUGUGUGUGUGUGUGAUUAGGUCAUUUACUGUCUCUUACUUUAUAGAUUUGUUUUGAUAUUAACCUCUUAAACAAUAAACCGCUCUCUAUAACAGC